CAAAAUGACUGUCAAAACUGUAAAAAUGCCGUGCACGGCUCCAAAUGUUUAUACUAAAGUGCCUGACGGAGGAUGGGGCUGGACGAUUGCUUUUGCUUUCUUUUUUGUGGAGGCUCUAACGUACGGCAUUCUAAAAUCGUUUGGGGUCUUCUUUAAUGACCUGAUGGAAAGCUUUGACGAAACCAACAGCAGGAUAUCCUGGAUAAUAUCCAUAUGUGUGUUUGUGCAGACCUUCACAGCUCCUCUGUCAACGGUCCUCAGCAAUCGCUUCGGUCACCGCCUCGUGGUGAUGGCCGGAGGGGUGCUGAUCAGCACGGGCAUGGUCACUGCCUCCUUCUCCCGCACCGUUGUGGAAAUGUACAUCACCAUCGGCGUCGUCUCCGGCCUCGGAUACUGCCUCUCUUUCCUCCCGACUGUCACCAUUUUGUCACAGUAUUUUGACAAAAGACGUUCGCUGGUCACAGCAGUGGCAUCUACAGGAGAAUGUUUCGCUGUGUUCUCCUUUGCACCAGCAAUUACUGCUCUGAAGGAGCAGAUUGGCUGGAGAUACAGCCUCCUUUCUGUCGGAGUGCUGCAGCUAGGCAUCGUCAUCUGCGGAUCACUGCUGCGACCCAUUAUCAUCAAAGAGCAAGAAGAAGUGAAAGCACAGCCUCCAGAAGAGCCCACAGAGACAAAGUACAUGCUUGAAAAUGAGCAAACACGCACCUCAAUAGAGUCCAUAGACUCAGGAGUAGAAAUAACUACCUCACCCAGCAAUGUGCCUGGACACACCAAAGCAGAGCCGAAAAGUGAAGAACCAAAGGAACACGUACAGAUACUUGCUGCAAAUAACAGCACCCCUCCAGAACCAAAAACCAAACUACUGGACUUUUCUGUGAUGAGAGACUAUAGCUUUAUCUGUUAUGCAUUCUUUGGCCUGUUCGCUACCCUGGGCUUCUUCGCUCCCUCCCUCUACAUCAUCCCCCUGAGCCUCAGCCUUGGCAUCAGCAAAGACCACUCCGCGUACAUCCUGUCGGCCAUGGCCAUCGCGGAGGUCUUUGGGAGGAUUUCAGCUGGCUGGGUUCUCAACAAAAAGCCUAUCCGCAAGAUCUACAUCGAACUCAUCUGCGUCGUUCUGCUGUCCGUAGCGUUGUUUGCCUUCCCUUUUGCCUCUGAAUUCUGGGGCUUGAUGACAUGUAGCAUAUUUUUUGGGUUCAUGCUCGGCACCGUAGCAGGCACGCAUAUUCCCCUCCUGGCAGAAGACGACGUGGUCGGCAUCGCCAAGAUGUCUUCUGCAGCUGGAGUCUAUGUCUUCAUACAAAGCUUAGCUGGGUUGGCUGGACCACCCGUUGCAGGUGUCUUAGUGGAUACGACACAGAACUACAGCUCAGCCUUUUACUCCUGUGCUGCUGGCAUGGUCCUGGGGGCCGUGUUUCUGUCCCUGGUGAGACCGUGCAAGGUUGGGCUGUGCCGCCGCCGGCAGCAGCCCGUGGAGGAGAGCACGGCGCGGGCUCUGCCAGAGUUACCAGAUGACUUUAUUGACAUGGAUAUCGCAAAAGCAGAAAAUUCAGGAAAAGCCUGUGAAAGCACAGCAUAA